AUGGCGGCGCUCCUGCAGAAGCUGCUGGGGCCCCAGACGGCCCUAGCGGCUUCGAGCCGCGUCGUGGGACGGCGGGAAGCGAGCCUGGGCAUCGAUGCCGGGGUCGCGGUACGAGUGCGCUUCGCACCCAGCCCCACAGGGUUCUUGCACCUGGGUGGUCUCCGCACUGCUCUCUACAAUUACAUCUUUGCCAAGAAGUACCAGGGCAGCUUCAUUCUGAGGCUGGAGGACACAGAUCAGACCCGUCUGGUGCCUGGGGCGGCAGAGAACAUAGAAGACAUGCUGGAGUGGGCAGGCAUCCCCCCUGAUGAGAGCCCCCGCCGGGGCGGUCCCGCCGGCCCCUACCAGCAGUCCCAGCGGCUGGCCCUGUAUGCCCAGGCCACAGAGGCACUCCUGCGCUCCGGAGCUGCCUACCCCUGUUUCUGCUCCCCACAACGGCUGGAGCUCCUGAAAAAGGAGGCCCUGAGGAGCUACCAGACACCCCGGUAUGAUAAUCGGUGCCGAAACCUGAGCCAGGCACAGGUAGCGCAGAAACUGGCCACGGACCCCAAGCCCGCCAUCCGCUUUCGCCUGGAGGAGGAGGCACCAGGCUUCCAGGACCUGGUGUAUGGCUGGAAUCAGCAUGAAGUGGCCAGCGUGGAAGGGGACCCAGUCAUCAUGAAGAGUGAUGGCUUCCCCACAUACCAUCUGGCCUGUGUGGUGGAUGACCACCACAUGGGCAUCAGCCACGUGCUGCGGGGAUCUGAGUGGCUUGUAUCUACCUCCAAGCACCUGCUCCUGUACCAGGCCCUGGGCUGGCAGCCACCUCGCUUUGCCCACCUACCCCUGGUCCUCAACAAAGAUGGCCACAAGCUCUCCAAGAGGCAAGGGGACAUUUUCCUGGAGCAUUUCAUGGCAGCUGGCUUUCUGCCAGAUGCUCUUCUUGACAUCAUCACCAACUGUGGUUCGGGGUUUGCAGAGAACCAGAUGGGCAGGACGCUGCCAGAGCUGAUAACUCAGUUUGACCUGAGCCGAAUUACCUGCCACUCAGCCCUGCUGGACCUUGAGAAACUCCCAGAAUUCAACAGGCUGCACCUCCGUCGACUGGUGAGCAGUGACGCCCAGAGACGCCAGCUGGUGAGGAAGCUGCAGGCCUUGGUGGAGGAGACUUUCGGGAGCCAGCUGCGCGAUCGUGCCGUCUUGGACCCCGCGUACUUGGAGAGGAUCAUUCUGCUGCGACAGGGCCACGUGUGCCGCCUGCAGGAUUUGGUCUCCCCACUAUACUCCUACCUGUGGACACGCCCCACUGUGGGCCGAGAGCAGCUGGGCGCCAUCUCAGAGAAGGUGGAUAAGAUUGCUGAGCGUGUGCUGGGACUUCUGGAAAGAUCUGGUGCGAGCUUCACACAGGACAUGCUGAAUAGAGAACUGAAGAAGCUGUCUGAGAGUCUGGAAGGCACCAAGCACAGUGAAGUGAUGAGACUCCUCCGAGUGGCCCUCAGCGGACAGCCGCAAGGACCCCCAGUGGCUGAGAUGAUGGUAUCCUUGGGACCCCAGGAAGUAUGGGAACGGAUCCAGAAGGUUCUUUCCAGCUAAGGAGCAUGUGUGCAGCACACUGGAUAUGGCCCCAGGGUCCUGAGCCCUUGAAACUGCCCUGGGAGGCCUGGGGCCCCCGCCUUGCAGAGGGACCAGGCAUGGAGAGGCUGACUGAACUCAAGACGUUGAUGGCACCCCAGCAGGCCAAGGCCAAGGAAGCCCAGCCCACCGAAGUUUCUCGAUUCCAGGAAAGAUGUCCUUCUGUAUGGAUUUCCACACCACAUUCCACACAGGGGUUAGGAGCUGGAGCACAGAAAAUGCUGUUUUCCAGGACAGUUCAGAGGGCUCAAGUAUGGAUUUCAUACAACAGAGAUUUCUUACAGUUAGAGAAGCUGCAAAUCCAAGAUCAAGUGUCACAGUGUUGUUUCUCCUGGGCCUCUCUCCUUGGCUCACAGACUGCCAUCUUCUUGCUGUGUUCCAAGUCUCCUCCAAGCCCCUGCAUCCCUGGCUUCCCUCUGUGUAUCCUAAUUUACUCCUCUCAGGAUACCAGUCACAUUAGAUUAGCCUUGCCUCACAGGCUCAUGCUGCUCUUUAACACUGUGGUCCUGAACAUAGGCCUAUAACAUAUGACUGAGCAGUCAGGGGACAGUGUGCACAAUUUAGCCUACAGCUUGGCAGUAGGCUGGGCUAAUAGAUCCAGUAGCUGACAAUUGACACAAGCAGUUGGCCUAACUAGAUAUUAAACAUUAUUCAGGGGUUGUAAAGGGAGAAGUUACUCAUCGGCCAAGGGAAGCACUUGCAUUUGAUGUUAGUCUUCAUAUGUGGACCUUCGGACAGCCUGUGUUCCUUUCCCCAGAGAGGGGACUCCCCUCUCCCCUUUCCCAGUCCUUCAACUGGAGACUUUUCCCCUGCCUGUUUGGUGUCUUCCUUUCUAUAGCCACUCCUUUUUUCUGCUAUUACUGGAAAGCCUUGUAGAUUUCUGAAGGGAAUUCUUUCCCCCCUUGGCAUCUUAGGUGACUUGGAAUAGCUAAAAUGAAAAGGAACGGGGAGAUAGGGAGGGACUAGGGACAAAGUCUUUGAAGGUUUCUCAAGCUCAUGGUGAGCAGCCAGCCUAGAAGUUGGCCAUAGGCCAUCCCUGCCUCCGCAUGGUCAAGGCUGACUUGUGUGACCAGCAGGCCUUGAGGAAAUGAUAGGAGCUUGACUGCCAAGGUCAUCAGACACCUCAAAGCUUCUAACUUGUUCCUUUGAAUUCCUUAUCUUGGGGGUGCAGCUUCUAGGUCAGGAAGACACUGGAGCAGCCCUUUGCAGGGGGUCUUGUCAUUGGCCAUGUGGGUGAGCCGUGUGGGAAGCUGGUCUUUCUUUCCAUCCUAGCCAAGUAGGUGGACGACUACCACCUCCCUGUGAGACCCAGAGCAGCUCCGCAGAGCCCCUCUGGAAUGUAAGGGACUAGGCUGUGAAAUAGUAAAUGUUUAUUUUCUCAAGCCACUUGAUUUGGGGAGGAGGGGGUGAUUUAUUGCUCCAAAGAGAUAACUACUCUCUGCCCCAGGAGAGCAGGGUAAAUGCAUUAAAGAGUUUGUUGGGCCUUACAGAGUCCUAACCUUUGUUUUAAAAAAAAAAAAAUCCAGGGGCU